CGUUACGCCCUCAUUGUCAACAUCCCAUCGGGGCUCCAAGAAUUUUGACGUUGAUGGCAGCGACAUGCUUCCGGAAAAGUUUCAGUGGAAAGGCAUGCAGUCCACACAGAGCAUGACCAUGCGGACUGGCAUCAAAAUCGUGCUUGCUGCACUCGUCUGCCUUUUCGUCGUGAACUAUUCCACCUUCAUACCAGAGUCGCCAAAAUGGCAGCACGUCAGCAACAAGCUCAGCAGUUCUUUCAGUCACAGUGAACCAGUCAACAGUUCUGCUAGAGCCCUUGACGAAUUGCCAGAGUCCGCAGCCUACUCGACCGGCUCCCAUCAAGACAUACCCAACAUCAUUCAUUAUGUCCAACUUCUUCCAAACGCCAAACCCCAGAUCAGCUUCAGUUUCAAACAAUUCCUCGCCAUCUACGGUGCCUCAGUCCACCUCAAUCCCGACAAGAUCUACAUCCAUACCAAUGCCAACGCAAGCACGAUUGCCCGUCUCCAAUCCUCCAACGAGCCGAAAGAUUGGUGGACCAAAGCCGUGCUCGCCAUCCCCCAUCUCCAGUUUAACUAUGUUACAUACCCCGAGGUGGCUGCAGUGAGCGGCGUCGAGAUCAAGCGGAUCGAACACAAGUCCGACUUUGUACGCAUGGAGCAGUUGUACGAAAAAGGCGGAGUCUACAUGGACACAGACGUCCACCCACUGCGAGACUUCAAGGAUCUCCGUGAGUCUGGCUUCGCCAACAUUGUCGGCCGCGAAAUACACUACCAGGUCAACAACGGCGUCUUCAUGUGCCGACCCGGCACCGCCCUCUUGGACAUCUGGAUGCGCGAAGCCCACCGUGUUUACGACGGCGGCUGGACGACCGCGAGCUGUAAACUCCUAACCACCAUCGCCAACCGCCUGAUGGGGACACCCCGUGAAGUUUUGAUCAUGGACCGCGUCGCCUUCAACCCCGUGAGCUGGUACAAGAACGACAAGACCGAGAUGUACUCUCCGCAUCUCGACGUUAAAGCCUCGACGUCGGAGUACACUGAAAUGUCGGAGUCGGCCGUCACGGAUCCCUACGCACGAUGGAAACAAGGCAAGACCGCGGCCGACUGGCAACUGGAUCUGUCGACAUCGUAUGCCAUCCACGCGACCAAGGAGGGACCGCUUGUCGAGAACUUUGACAACGAUUUCACCCCCAAAUACAUCUUUCAGAGGCAGAGUAGCUUUGCCAGAGCCGUCUGGCCCACUGCCAAGUUGGCCAAAGAUGCCGGUUGGAUUCUCGAUGAACACUUGCAAUAA